AGGUUGAACGAAGUAUUGAAAGGUUUAUUUGAACGUGACAUGAAUGGACCACUGAAUUCGUUCUAUCGCAAACGUGUCGUCGAAGAGAUGGGCAUAUCGAUGACGUUCAAUGGUAAUCUGGAAGAGCUGAACUACGACCGAGUGAUACCCGAGCAAAUUCGAAUGCGUAAAGGCAUUCACAUUAAAGUGAAACAACAGAUAAUCACCUAUUUAAUUGGCUACAUAAGACGUACACGAUUGACGUAUAUUGCUGAGGAGUACGCACCUGAAUUGGUGGAUAUAUUGCACAAAUAUCCUAAACAUAACUCAGUACCACUGAAUCUGUUGUAUCAAAUCAUCAAUCGAAUCGCAGUCAAACAACAAUGGAAACGUUAUUUGCCGUUAGCAUCGAAACUGAAAUAUCGAAUUUAUGAACGUCGUGAAUUGAUCAUUAAACGUGCCGCCAAUAACAUCCAACUCAAUCAACAUUUAACGUUGCAAAAACAGUUACUUACUGUUAGUGGUGAUAAUAACAAUGAUAGUGAUAGUAAUAGCAAUGAUAAUAAGAUACCGAUUGCUUCUGCAACUGCCAUUGUUAAUACCGGAUCAUUAGUAUCACCAACUCAAGCCACCAUAGCAACAACAUCGGCAACCACAACAGAUACUUCGAACACUGUUCAAUCUAAUUCAUUAUUUGAACGAAAUGGCAAUUCAUUGAGCAAAUGCGACACUGAGGAAGGACAAACAGCCGUCUCGUCAACAACCUACGCAUUACCGUCAUCGUUGUUGCCGUGCUCAUCGAAGACAAAUGCGACCGAUAUCGGUCAGGGUCCGUCGGAUGCGAAGAGUUCUACGUUUAUGGAAACAAUGAAAACAAAAUUGAAGGAUCUGAACGCGGACGAGAUGAAUCAGCUGAUGCAUCGUAUCAAUGAACAUUAUCCUGAGAGAUAUGAUGAAGAAAAAAAUUUGCAUUGGAAUGAUCAGGUCCAUUGGGAUCUCGAAACGGGAGAGACCAAACAGAAAUUAAAAAAACAAGUUCAAGACUACUUAAAACGUUAUUGUGGUAUGAGAACGAGCAGAAUCAAUCGUCACGAUAGGGGAACAGCAGUGAAAGAGCAUUUCUACGAAUUUGCUACACGAACACAGCAAUUAAUGGAAACGUCUCCGUCCCAAGCUCUCACAACUCGUGAAGUGAAAUUCUCGAGAGCGUCUCUGUGUCCAUGCUUUUCACCGAAUGUUAGUGAUGAUGAGGUGGAGGAGUCAGAUGAACGAUUAUUCGCCAGUAAUGAUUCGUAUACAGUCACUAGUCAAAAUGCUGUUAAUUCUACGAGUGAGAAUGGUAAUGAUAAUCGAGCAUCAGCCCAGCAAAACAUCUCGUCGAGAGGCAAUAAUAAUGGUGAUGUGAUAAUACAAGAUGAACCGUAUGUAGUGCAUUCAUCAGUUGAUUAUACGAAUUGUUUGGUGCCUAAGCAGGAUCGUAUAACAGCAUCUUGUUAUUACUGGGGUGUUAUGGACAGAUACGAAGCAGAAGCAUUGCUCGAAAAUAAACCUGAAGGCACAUUUCUACUACGUGAUAGUGCACAGUCAGAAUAUCUCUUUUCGGUCUCAUUUCGUCGUUACAAAAGAACACUUCAUGCACGUAUCGAGCAGAAGAACCAUCGUUUCAGUUUCGAUUUCUCGGACACUUCCAUCUUUUCUGCAGAUAACAUCAUUGAUCUGAUUGCAUAUUACAACGAUCCUGCAAAAUGUCUCUUCUUUGAGCCGCAGCUGUCGAUACCAUUACCGAGGAAUUUCGUGUUUUCUCUACAGAUAAAAACCUUUCAGCAUAUUUGCCGUUCGUAUAUAGCAAGUUUAACUUGUUUUGAUGGUGUCAAUCAACUGAAUCUCCCCGUGUCACUGAAGCAAUAUAUUCAAGAGUAUUACUACAAGCAUCCCGUGAAAACAGUCAAUCAUGCCUUCAAU